AUGACGAGCAAAAAUGAGGCUAUGGACGAACUGCUGAAGCCAAUGUACAAAGGGAAAGCGUUGACAGACCCAAUCAACACGGCAAAAGACAAGUGGAAUUUGGUGCCGGCAUUCUUGAAAGUGAAGGGACUCGUGAAGCAGCACUUGGACUCGUACAACUACUUCGUGGACGUGGACUUGAAGAAAAUCGUCAAGGCAAACGAGAUGGUGGUGUCGGACGUGGACCCGAGCUUCUACCUGAAGUACCUGGACAUCCGGGUGGGAUACAAGAGCAACGGGGACCGGGAGAAGCCGGAGGUGGUGCUGCCGCCGCACGAGUGCCGGCUCCGGGACCUGACGUACAGUGCUCCGAUCUACGUGGACGUGGAGUACACGCGGGGGCGGAAGAUCAUCAUCCACCGGGACUUGGAGAUCGGCCGGAUGCCCAUCAUGCUCCGGUCGAACAAGUGCAUCUUGCACGGGCGCAGCGAGGCGGAGAUGGCGUACCUGAACGAGUGCCCGUUGGACCCGGGCGGGUACUUUGUGGUGAACGGCACGGAGAAGGUGAUCUUGGUCCAGGAGCAGUUGAGUAAGAACCGGAUUAUCGUGGAGACGGACCGCAAAAAGGGCAUCGUGCAGGCGUCGGUGACGUCGUCGACGCACGAGCGCAAGUCCAAGACGUACGUGGUGGCCAAGAAGGGCCGGAUCUACCUGAAGCACAACUCGAUCAGCGAGGAGGUGCCGAUCGUGGUGGUUUUGAAGGCGGCGGGCGUGGUGAGCGACAUGGAGAUCAUGCAGCUGGUGUGCGGGGACGACUCGGCGUACCAGGACCUGUUCGCGGAGAACUUCGAGGCGGCGUCGCGGCUCGGGGUGUUCACGCAGCGGCAGGCGUUGGAGUUCAUCGGGCGGCGGGUGAAGACCGUGCGGCGGAUGAAUGCCCCGCGGUUGAGUGUGCUCCAGGAGGGGCUCGAGGCCGUGGCCACGACGAUCUGUGCCCACCUGACAGUGGCGCGGCGGGACUUCCGGCAGAAGGCCGUGUACAUCGCUACGAUGACCCGGCGGGUGGUGAUGGCGAUGCAGAACCCGAAGCUCGUGGAUGACAGGGACUACGCGGGCAACAAGAGGCUCGAGUUGGCCGGCCAGUUGCUCUCGUUGCUGUUCGAGGACCUCUUCAAGAAGUUCAACAACGACUUCAAGGCCAACUUGGACAAGAUUUUGCGGCGGCCGAGCCGGGCGUCCGAGUUCGACGCCUUGCUGCACAUCAACAUCCACUCCAACAACGUCACCAUGGGGCUCAACCGGGCCAUCUCGACGGGCAACUGGUCCUUGAAGCGGUUCAAGAUGGAGCGGGCCGGCGUGACCCACGUGUUGAGCCGGCUCUCGUACAUUGCAGCGUUGGGCAUGAUGACCCGGAUCAGCUCGCAGUUCGAGAAGUCGCGGAAAGUCAGCGGGCCGAGGUCCUUGCAGCCCUCGCAGUUCGGCAUGUUGUGCCCCGCGGACACGCCCGAAGGUGCAUCGUGCGGCUUGGUGAAGAACUUGGCCCUCAUGACGCACAUCACCACGGACAGCGAGGAGGAGCCGAUCCGCCGGGCCUGCUUCAUGCUCGGGGCCCAGGACAUCGGCCAGGCGGACUCCCGAGCCCUCCACGCCCGCGGCAGCUUCGGCAUCUACCUCAACGGCACCAUGAUCGCCGUCACCCGGUACCCGGGGGCCUUCGUGCGCCGUUUCCGGCUGCUGCGUCGCUCCGGGCGGCUCGACGCCUUCGUGUCCAUCCACACCGACUUGCAGCAGGCUGCCGUGCACCUGGCCUCCGACGGCGGUCGAAUCUGCCGGCCCCUGAUCAUCGUCGACCGCGGUGUGUCCCGGGUGACCGCCCGGCACCUCGCCUUGCUCCGAGACGGCCGCUGGGGCUUCGACGAUUUCCUCCGCCGCGGCCUCGUCGAGUACCUCGACGUCAACGAGGAGAACGACGCCCUCAUCGCGUUGUACGAGCGGGACAUCGGCCAGCUCACCACGCACCUCGAGAUCGAGCCGUUCACCGUCUUGGGGGCAGUCGCAGGCCUCAUCCCGUACCCUCACCACAACCAAUCGCCCCGGAACACGUACCAGUGUGCCAUGGGCAAGCAGGCCAUCGGGGCCAUCGCGUACAACCAGUUCCGGCGUAUCGACACGCUCCUCUACUUGCUCUGCUACCCGGAGCAGCCGCUGGUUCGAACCCGGACCAUAGAGCUUGUCAAGUACAAUCGGCUGCCGGCAGGCCACAAUGCCACCGUGGCCGUGAUGUCGUACUCGGGUUACGAUAUUGAGGACGCGUUGCUGUUGAACCGGGCGUCGAUCGACCGCGGGUUCGGACGCUGCCAGACGUUGCGGAAGAACACCGCCUUGUUGAAGCGGUACCCGAACCACACCAAGGACAUUGUGGGGGGAAUGCGGUUGGACGGUUCCGGCCGGCCGAUCUACCAGCAUUCGGCAUUGGGGGGAGACGGGUUGGCGGAGGUGGGGUCGAUGGUGCAGAGUGGGCAGGUGAUAGUGAACAAAUGCGUUCCGACCGGGCCGACGGGGCCAGGAGGACCAAGUGGAGGUGGAAAUUCCACCAAUCCGAGCGGGCGAGGCCCAGGAGGAGGUAGAAAUGGACAGAGUAGAGAAAGAGAAAGUGCCACCUCCUCCUUCCAGGAAUCUCCCCUCGUCUACCGCGGCCCCGUCCCCUCAUACGUGGACCAGGUCAUGCUCACCGUCGGAGACAACGACCAGGCACUAAUCAAAGUGCUCCUCCGGCAAACCAGGCGCCCCGAGUUGGGCGACAAGUUCUCGUCCAGGCACGGCCAGAAAGGUGUGUGUGGAAUGAUCAUCAAGCAGGAAGACAUGCCGUUCAGCGACCAGGGCAUCUGCCCAGACAUGAUCAUGAACCCGCACGGGUUCCCCUCGCGGAUGACCGUCGGAAAGAUGAUGGAACUCGUGUCGGGCAAGGCCGGCGUGCUCCGGGGCACCUUCGAGUACGGAACGUGCUUUGGCGGCUCGGACCUCUCGGAAAUGUCCAAGAUCUUGGUUUCCAAGGGCUUCAACUACGGCGGGAAGGACAUGCUCUACUCGGGAACCACCGGUGAGGCCCUCCAGGCCUACAUCUUCUUCGGGCCCAUCUACUACCAGAAGUUGAAGCACAUGGUGCUCGACAAGAUGCACGCCAGGGCCAGAGGUCCCCGGGCUGUGCUCACCAGGCAGCCCACCGAGGGUAGGGCGCGGGACGGUGGUCUUCGGCUCGGCGAGAUGGAGCGGGACUGCUUGAUUGCCUACGGAGCGUCUCAGCUCUUGCUUGAGCGGUUGAUGUUGAGCUCCGAUGCCUUUGAUGUCGAUAUUUGCCAGGGCUGCGGCCUUAUGGGCUACAAUGGCUGGUGUCCUAUGUGCAAGAGCAGCCAGAAUGUGGUCAAGAUGACCAUUCCGUAUGCUGCGAAGCUUUUGUUCCAGGAGCUGAUUUCGAUGAACAUAGCACCGCGGUUACAGUUGGGUGAUGUGUUUUAA